AUAUCAUCUGUCUUCCGAAUUUCACCGCAAUACGUCGAAACCUCUUCGAAUCUAAGAUGAAAAUCCUGAUUUACUGGGAAAAUGAGCCCUCUUCAAGGAUUAUCGCCAGAUACGAAAUAAACUCCCCUUUUUCCCUUUUGUGAUUUUGAUUCAGCUUUUCUUUUAACUGUUUCAUCAAGAUUUAACUUUUCUCUUCACUAUCUUGCAGGUUUGUUUGACAUAAUCAAUAUCAGUUGAAGGAAACCGAAAGUGUGGAAUAUCACAUUAUUACUCCAGUACCAAAAUCAGCCAGAGAGUUUGGCUAAUAUCCAUUUUAUUGAUUCAUUCUUUUGAUUAUAACAAAUUGUAUUUUAUCUUCUAUUUUCUGCCUUUUGAUCAUUCAGUUAUGCUUAAUUCAUUAUUGCUAUUUGAUUAUUUGUUUUGUUGGAGAUUUGUUCCAUAAAAUGCCAGUAAAUGGUUGGUAAAAGCAUAAAUGACAGAUUAUUUAAUUCUUGAUUUUCUAUGGUUGCUUUAUGUUAAUAUCCAAAUCCUUGAAUCUAUAUGCAACCUUAGAUAUGAUCCAACUUCCUCGUGGUUUAAUUAUUUGAUGUAGGUUAUGAAAAUUAAAUGGAUAAUACCAGUUAGUUAUAUUUUAGUAGUUGCAGCCGAAAUAAGGAAAAUGUUUGUACCAAUUAGAUAUGAUGUAGCAUCUGUCCCAAAGUGAAACAAUAAUAAAACAUAGAAGUUGUUGAAAAGUAUACAACUCUCAUUCGUUUUCACAAAAUCUUGAAACAUAAGUAAUAGUAGUAGUACAUUUUAACUAUGUGCAUUCACUUAGGUAACAGUGAGGACACAAAGAGGUCUUCGUUGUUUGUGGAUGUAAGAGCUACAUGUCUAAAUAUAGUUUGGUGAGAAAUGGUGAUUAUGGGGUUAUGUUUAGAGGUUCACAUGUAUGAUGCAUCAACCUUGGGAUAUAGAUAGAUGGAUGUCAAGGAUAUUAGGAAAUUCUACGGAAGAAAACCAUAGGUCGAAUGAGGUUGAUACUACAUAACAUGUACAUUGCUAAUUUUAAAAGUAAAGAGAGUCACAGUAGAUUCUAUGAAAAAGGAGAUUCUAGUUGCACAUAAUACAAGUGGAAUGGUUAGUGUCAUCGGAGGAGAUCGUCUUACAAAAUUAUAUCGAAGAUGUCUCCACCGACUUCUAGAGGAGCCGGGAAAGACAAGAUGUUAGGCAACAUAAUUAUUAGAGAAAUAAAUAUGUUGCAAUUUUAAAAUAAUCAGAAUGGGCUAUAAUGUGUAUAACUAGAACUAUCUAGCUCAUUAUCCCACAUCGAACUCUUAUCCGAAAUACUUCUUUUUUUCUCACCUAUAAAACGGUUCCAAGUUUCCUUUUAUUUUUUCCAUCAGCCAACUAAAAUAGUCCUUAAUUAAGGGUGUUUUUGGCUUUGCUAUAAUUUGGUGAAGUGCUCAAUCAUAGAGGGCGUGUGGGGCUACACACAUCGUUCAGAGGCAUUCAUUACCAAAGUUGUCGUUUUUAAUUUCUUCAAAUUUGGCUGCACUCUUCUUUGUGGAGCACUAAAAGUUCAAUUUCUCGGUGCGAAAAAUGGUGAAUCGUCCAGCAUUCUUCAAGUUUUACGUGCCUUGGCUUGGUAAAGAAAAUCAGAAAAUCCCUCCAAGGUUUAUUCAAUCGCUUCCAGGAAACUGGCCAAAGAAUUUGUCACUUCGAGACCGUUAUAACAAUUUGUGGAAUGUGAAAGUGGAAAUGAUUGGCGGUGAUUGGUACUUCAAAGAUGGCUGGGAAAAAUUUGCCGAUGAUAAUAAGAUAAAAGGAGGGGAUAUGUUUAUAUAUGAGUAUUUCUCUCACGGUUUACUCGACUUCAAAAUUCAUGGAGGCAAUGCUUGCUUAACUGAAGGUGCCGGAGGUCGGAUUACUCGUACACCUGAUUAUGGUCCUAUCGGUGAAGGACACACACAUGAGAAUUAUGACGAUAAAGACGAUCAUGAUUCCACGCCUGAAGGAGAGAAUCCAUGGGAUGAUCAAAUUCAAGGGGAGCGAGUGACGGAUGUUAAAGAAGCGAAUCACCGAGUUGCUCACACCGUAGAUGAGGAAUCAAGAGAUGAUGCUCCACUGGAGCUAGCGAGGGACGGUACCGCCAGUUCUAGUAAACGUUAUGUCAGAAGAACCUACGAUUGGUACGGUGUAGAUCUCUUCAAAACCGGGUUCAUUCCACCAUCCCCAAAUCCUUAUUUCGUGACCCAAAAUCUAAGAAACAGAGCUUAUGAAUUCUAUAUACCCAUGGAUGUGAUCAAAAGCUACAAUCUGAAACUCCCUGAGAAUGUGAUGUUCCUCGACCCAAAAGGAAGGCAGUUUCCCUCCAAACGCAAAAUGUGGGCGGACCAGAGGACGUUCUACACUGGAGGCUGGAAAAGCCUUUGUAAUGUGAACAAUGUGGAAGACAAAGACUCGUGCAUCUGCGAGUUCUUGUAUAACGCCGAUGAUCUAUGGAUCAGUGUAAGCUUCUCUCCCCCAAAAUAGCAGCAAGCAGUGGAUUAGAUUAGUAUUGGGGAGUUCACAUUCCUAUAGUUUCAGAGGUAUUGAUUAUGCAUUUGAGAUUCCUGAGUUAUUGUUGGGAUAUGAGUUUAGGAUGUAUAUGAUUUAUUGUUUCAGUUAAUAGUUAUUCCAAUCAAUAAAUUUCAAACUAAAA